UGCAACAGGUGGCUCCUCCUCCAUUCGCCUGCAAGACUGUCAGUGAAAGCCCAUUCCACCGCGUGUCCUCUGCAAAGUCUCUUUCUGCAUCAAACUUUAUCCUCUUCUCCUUCUUCCUCUCCUUCCUUAGCUUGCCAGGGUUUUAUGCUCUCACCGGUCUUCACUUUCAAACCCUUCGCUCCUCUGCUUCAAGAUUUCAGUUCCAAUGGGAUCUACACAGUCAAAUUAGCAGCACUCAAACAGCUGCUUAUCUACCCAGGAUGGACAAACCGAGCAUGGAUUGGGAUAUCGAGGAGUACUCGUCUGAAGCAGAUGGCAGCAAAGUUAGUUGCUUAUGGAAUAAGGGAGUAGCAAUUGGAAAGAAGGUUCUGGUCACAGGCAUGGUGAUCUCCUCUGCCCCGUUUGUUCUUCCUCCUCUUGUGGUAGUCUCUGCACUAGGGGUUGCUGUCUCCAUUCCUUAUGGACUCUUCUUUACAAGUUAUGCUUGCUCUGAGAAGCUCAUGAGUAUGUUGCUUCCAACUCCUCAUGAGGAAGGAAUUGGGGAGGAGGAGGAGGAGGAGGUGGAGGUUGGGUUUGGAGGAGACAUUGAUAUGGAGAAGGAGGAAGUAGAGCAAACUGAGGACAUAAAAGAACAACUCGAGAUGAGGUUUGAAUCGGUUGAAGGAAAUGAAGAAGAGAGGACCCUGGUCAGGGAUACUUAUGAUAAUAGGGGUAUGGUUAAGGACUUAGGUUUGGAGGUUCGCGAAAUAAUGAAGGAAGAUGAUGACAUAAUAGUGGAAAGUUUGUCUAAGCAGCCAAGGGAGGAGAUGCAGGGCGUUUUACUUACACUAGAAGUGGACGAGAAUGAAGGCAAUAAGUUUGACCGAAUCGGGGCACCUCUUGAAGUGACAAAUGUGGUUGUAUUGGAGAGUGGGGGACUGCAAAACAUUGAGGAAGAUGACUUGGUGAGAGAGACUAGGGGGUUGAUAGAAAUAUUUUCUGUCGAGGGAAAACCUCAAAAUCCAGUGGUAGAAGAGAAGAUGCGACCUGAAGGAAUGCAUGGAGCUGCUGAUGAAAUGGAUAUACCAAUUGAAGCUAAAAAUAAUGGGAAGAAGGGCAAAAGAAAAGGUAGAAAAAAGGAUAAAGCUGAAGAAAAGAGAAUCGAGACUCUCCCAAGCGAAACAGAUGCGCAUAAAGUAAAGCAAAGUGGGAAUGCCCACCCUGAUCAGGAUAAGAAAGUGGCUGGUCCUGUUGUAAAAGACAAGAAACCAAUCGGGGAAGGAAGUGAAAAGAUGAUCGCUGACCAUGGGAAGGAGAAAACUAGCACUAAGUUGAAUGUUGGAAGACUCAAACAAGGAACUUCUAAAGUAAUCCAUAACACAGGAAAUGUUCAGGAAAACAGUUUGGGUAUUGGAGAAGCAAAGAUUCCUAAAUCUCUUGCUUCGUCAGGGUUAAAAGAUGGGAGAGGCAUUUCUCCGUCUUUUGUUGAGGACCAGGAAAUAUAUGGAGAGGAAAAGUUAUGGCAGCAGAUCGAGGCGAUGCGUAAGAUAGUUGGAUACAAGGCUCAACUGCAGGCGUCGUGCAUUGAGGAACUGAAAUCUCUCUAUAUCUUUACCGGUGUCGAACCGCCUGACUCGUUCAAGGAUACCUCAGACCUUGUGGAAGUGAACAAGAAGCUUCGGUUUCUCAUGUCGGUAGUUGGAGUCAAGUAGAUAGAGAGUCCAUUUUUAGUUGUUUUAUCUCUGUUUUGUGCUGUGAGCACUAGAUGUGGGAAGACGGCAAAGAAGCACAGAUUGCUAGUAAGACUGUUUCCCAGGGGAUGAUUUUCAGACACUUUUGGAUGUCUUUACUUAGUUUGUUUCCCUUGAAAAGUCUUAGAGAGCUUGAGCAUUCGACCAAUCUAUAUCACAAAAUGCUUGACAUGAUAUGGGAAGAAAUAGGUGAUUAGUCCCGUCGGUGAUCUGUUAAGCAUUCGACCAUCAUUGGUUCUCCGUCACUGUUAUCGCUGCUGUUUGUGAAGCCAGUUCUCUGCCAGUGUUGAUAUGGAUGCAGUCACAAAUAGUUUUACUGUUAUCAGGCAAAAGAAACUUCGAUCUACGUCGUCUUUACAAGCGUUUCAUGCUAGGGACGAGACAGAAAAUGUUGAAACCUCGUUUGACUUUGCUGUGGCUAUUGGUGUUUCAGAAUUCAUGCUCUGCCUUUUUUUUCAUGUGGCAAUGGAAAACAGUUAAAAAGACUUAUGAAGUGUAGCAGUGAUUGGUUUCGCAUUA